AUGCAUUCAGCGAUUGAAGUACAAGUUACGGGGCGAGAAAGCGUGGAUGGCUGGAGCAAAUAUCGACUAGCUGUACUGGCUAUUUAUAAACGUGACGCAGGCGUACAUGUGCAUCGCGGGGAGCAAUCGUUGUGGGUAUCCGGAAAGCGUACAGCAUGCAAAUGUCCGAAAAUACGCGUAGGAAAACGAUACUUCAUCCUUGGUCGCAACGAUACCAAUGAUAUAAGCCGACCAGGAAUUGUGCUAAGAACAAGAACCGUUGUACUAGAAUGGAACGCUGAUGACUUGGAGAAAAUUAUGCGAUUUUCAAAAAAGGAAAGAAAAGGACAAUGCCCAGCGAGGAGGCGAUUUUAG